AUGGCCACUAUCCUCCGACGAGUACAGUUGGAAGGAUUUAGUCGAGAAAUACAAGAUUUACGUUCUAAGGAGCGAGUUAAUCACGAUAGCUCGCUGCUCACACUGUGUCCAUUCCUAGAUGGCGACGGACUUAUUCGAGUGGGAGGGCGGAGUACAAGCAUUGUUAUCAAGAUUACAAGAAUCAUUUUGGAUCAUAUCGGCGACGUCAACGUGAAGAAGGUCCUCCACGGAUGCAUCGUGUGCUUCAGAUCGAGACCUACUCCAGCACAACAAGUCAUGGGAGACCAACCAGAUAAGCGCGUUACCUGUCAUCGAGCGUUUUUGAACGUCGGAUUAGAUUAUGGAGGCCCUUUUUACCUCAAAUUGAGUCGCAACAAAACAUGUAAGGCAUAUUUUUGCUUAUUUAUAUGCAUGAGCACAAAGGCCAUGCAUUUGGAGUUAACUACAGACUUGACUACUCAUGCAUUCAUUAAUGCACUCAAACGUUUUAUUGCCCGCCGUGGGAUGUGCAGUAACAUCUAUUCCGACAACGGUACAAAUUUUAAAGGCGCAAAUCACGAGUUGUGCGAGUUAUAUAAAUUUAUAAGCGAACAAUCCCAUCAGGCAAAAAUCAACCACUUCUGUACGGAACAAGCCAUUCAAUGGCACUUUAUUCCUCCGUAUUCCCCCCAUAUGGGCGGGUUAUGGGAGGCAGGGAUUAAGUCGGUGAAGACACAUCUACGCAAAAUUCUAAGCGAAGCUCGGUUGACGUACGAAGAAAUGUAUACGUUAACUCAGGUGGAGGCCGUUCUUAAUUCCCGACCACUGACACCUAUUUCAAAUGAUCCCACCGAUCUUACAUCACUAACCCCCGGGCAUUUUUUGAUCAGAGAAUCACUUACUUGCAUACCAGACCGCGAUUGGUCGGAAGUACCCACUAACCGACUUACCCGCUUUCAAUACAUCGCUAAAUUAACUCAGCAUUUUUGGGCUCGGUGGUCCACAGAGUAUUUGUCACAUCUUAAUCAAAGAUACAAGUGGAAUAGAGGUGACCGCUCAUCAGUGGUCGAGAAAGGAACGAUGGUCAUUUUACGAGACGAGAAUACGCCGCCUAUGCAAUGGGCAUUAGGUAGAAUCACAGAGUGCCACGAAGGUCGUGAUGGCAAGGUGCGAGUAGUUAGCAUUAAAACCGCUCAGGGAAUUAAAAAACGGGCAAUCGCAAAGAUUUGUAUCUUACCGAUAGAAAGUUAA